CAUGGAAGAACAGUUACCAGACAAAUGAAUUGGAAGUUAAUGUAUGUGUCCAUUGCAACAUGUGAUUUCAGUGAAUCUGUUUGUUGGCUCAGCAAUAGACCUCAGCUGGAUCUCCAAAGUACAAGUGAAUCAUCCUGCAGUCCUGAGGCGCGCGGAACAGAUCCAGGCCCGCAGAACUGUGAAGAAGGAGUGGCAAGCUGCUUGGCUCCUGAAAGCUGUUACCUUUAUAGAUCUUACUACACUUUCAGGAGAUGACACGUCUUCCAAUGUUCAAAGGCUCUGUUAUAAAGCCAAACAUCCGAUCAGGGAAGAUCUCUUAAAAGCUUUAAAUAUGCACGAUAAAGGCAUUACUACAGCUGCCGUGUGUGUUUAUCCUGCCCGGGUGUGUGAUGCUGUCAGAGCACUCAAGGCUGCAGGCUGUGAUAUCCCUGUGGCAUCAGUGGCCACUGGCUUUCCAGCUGGACAGACUCAUUUAAAAACACGAUUAGAAGAAAUCAGACUGGCUGUGGAAGAUGGAGCUGCAGAAAUUGACGUAGUAAUUAACAGGAGCUUGGUGCUGACAGGCCAGUGGGAAGCCCUGUAUGAUGAGAUUCGUCAGUUUCGCAAGGCCUGUGGGGAGGCUCAUCUGAAAACCAUAUUAGCCACAGGAGAACUUGGAUCUCUUACUAAUGUCUACAAAGCCAGUAUGAUAGCAAUGAUGGCAGGAUCAGAUUUUAUUAAGACCUCUACUGGAAAAGAAACAGUAAAUGCCACCUUCCCGGUAGCUAUAGUAAUGCUACGGGCCAUUAGAGAUUUCUUCUGGAAAACUGGAAACAAGGUAGGUUUUAAGCCAGCAGGUGGCAUCCGCACUGCCAAGGAUUCCCUGGCUUGGCUGUCUCUUGUCAAGGAGGAACUGGGGGAUGAGUGGCUGAAGCCAGAACUCUUUCGAAUAGGUGCCAGCACUCUGCUUUCGGACAUCGAGAGGCAGAUUUACCACCAUGUGACUGGACGAUACGCGGCUUAUCAUGAUCUUCCAAUGUCUUAAAUUAGCAGCCAGUUCCAAAAAUGCCCUUUGUAACAACGUUUAAAAAUUAUUUCUCUACAUGACUGCUAAGAUUAUUUAAUUUAAAAAGAGGGGAAUAGGUAACUGACAUUUUCUUCCUUAAAACUGCCAUUGAACUUAAAGAAUGAAAGAAAACUUAAGCUAAUCCACAUGUGCUACCCAUUUCAGGCACAUCUGGAAUGGUCUUGAUUAGGACAGCUACACUAUUAACAUAGUGAAGGUUUUUCAAAAAAACUGAGUAAAAUGUUAAUGGCAACUUUGACAACAUCAAAUUCUAAGGGGGAAAAAUGUUAGGCUGCCCACAUAGCGUGUCGUAGCAGAAGAAAAUGAAACAUCCGUGAACUGCUCCUCUAAUGACUUCAGGAGUCACUGAUUCAGCACUAAUUUCCCACCAUGAAAAUUCAUCUUUUAUUUUUGCAAUGGAUAUGUUCUUCUAUUAAUUGUUUUGCUAAUGAAACUUCCAACUUUGUUACAUGAAACUUUGAGUAUCAUUGGAAUGUUUAAAAUAAAAAAAGUCCUUGUGGUUGUUUAUAUUUAAAAAAA